AUGGAGAUGACUGAGGAUAUUACUGAAGCAAUGACUACGGAUUUCGACUUGACUUUAGCCCCUGACAUUGCGGACGUUCCCGGAGUCAUACGGAACGGUCUACCAAGGUUCUUGAUAGUAUACAUAUCUUACAUUAUCAUAGGCAUCACCGGUAUACUUGGCAAUGGUCUUGUCCUAAUCGUCUUACUGAACACCCGUGACAUGUGGGAUGCUACUAACCUCCUGAUUGCCAACCAAAGUCUCAUUGAUUUCUUCGGAUCUCUUUCUAUCAUAGCUUUCGAGGUCGUCCCCGUGCCACCUUUUGAGACUGCGGGUCCUGUAUUGGCAGGAUACCUCUGCUAUAUUUGGUAUAACAAUUUCUUCGUUUGGGCCUUCAACUUCACCUCAAUCUUCAACUUGGUCUUCAUAAGUUUCGAGCGAUUCUACGCGGUGAGGUAUCCUAUCAGGUAUCGAAGCAACUUCACCAUCAAGCCGGCGUUAGCAGCAUCUAUACUAGCUUGGAUCAUCGGAAUGGGGUGGGGUUGGUUCUUCCCCGCAACUUCCAGCCUAGAGAAUGGAAUCUGUCGAAUACCUGUUUUACCGACACCGAACACUUCAGUGGUUGUGUCUGGAUUCACAAUGUUUUUUCUCUAUAUUGCUCCUCUUUUCAUCAUGAUUACUAUCUACACAUACAUAGGCCAUGUUCUCAAAAGGGGUGUCGCCACAAAGAAAUUCCAAGAUCAAGCAGCAGGGUCGCAACCGGCAGGAGCAGCAAGAGGCUAUCGAGAGAUCGCCCGUAGAAAGGUCAUGACAACCUUGAUUAUAGUCACAGUGACAUCCCUGGUUUGUUGGACACCUUCCAAUCUAUAUUAUACGGCCUUCGCUUUUGGUGCAAAUAUCGAUGUGAUUGGCUUCUGGAGCUCGAGUGUCCGUUGCAUUCAAUUUUCUAAUAAUUGCACUAAUCCUUUCAUCUAUAUCUUCAAGUAUCAGAAGUUCCAGAAUGGUCUUCGACGACUGCUGAGACUAGGAGAUUCAAGGUCUCCGGCAGAAGGGACAAGAGAUUCCAAACCGAACGGCACUAACAUGGCAUCUAGAACAGGAACUGAACGUGCAGGUAGUAUGCCAAGGUUCCCAGUUUCUUAA